AUGCAAAAUUCUUCUCUUAACAAACCUUCAAGCAAUAAAACUACAUUACUGGGUUUUGCCAAAGUUGCUUCGCAGAUUCAAAAAGAAACUUCUUCCACUGAAUCUCUUUCUUUACAGUCUACUUCACAAGCUAUUAGUACAGAACCUAACACUGAAACCCCUAUUCACCUUGUGCCUCAU